GUGUUCAUGGAGGAGCAGCAGCUGCAGCAGAAGAAGAUUGAGCAACAGCUCCUGGAGAAGGAGAUGUUUGAGCAGGAGAAGCUGCAGCAGAUCAAGAAUAAGACCAAAGAUGAGGAAAGAGCCCCCUGGCUACAUCUUCAGCCCGUUCCCCCCGGGGCUGCCCUACCCCAGUGCUGAGCUACUCUAUACCUCUCCAUCCAUGCCCAACAUUUCUCUGGGACGACCACCUACAUCAGCAUCUACACAGACCACUGGGGCGCACCCACUCAGCCCCCCUACCACUGGGUGUGUUCCAACAGCAAAAUCUACUUCUGCAGCAGCAACACGACCAGUAUAUCAAAGAUCAGAAGCUUUACGUCAAACAGCACAUCCGUCAAACAGUGUUACAACGGUCAGGGAGCAAGAGUCACAUGGAGAACGUUGAUGAAGAGACAGAGGUCAAAUUAGCACAGGAGAUGAAGGAGUGUCGUGAGGCGGAGAGCCUGGAGGGGAAGAUGGAAGAAGCCCCCGUGUCGGGCCCCAGCGAGUCUCCCCCAGCCCCCGAAGUGACCGGCCUCUCAGAGCAGCAGCCGCCUCAGCUGUCGGAGCGCGAGAGCUCGCAGAACACACAGGCCUUGUUGAGCCCGCACAGAGAGGCGGGCCGCGCCCGGCACCGCGGGCCCUCGCACCACAGACCCCUGUCUCGCACACAGUCCAGCCCUCUGGUCACCUUCUCCAUGCCCCCGCAGUCCGCGCAGGAUACCGGGCCAGUCACCUAUACUUUUACCACCGGCUUGGCAUACGACUCGGCUAUGCUGAACCACAGGUGCACGUGCAAUGAUCAUAACAACCACCUGGAGCAUGCAGGACGCAUACACAGCAUUUGGAACAGGUUGACUGAGACAGGGCUGGAGGGUCGCUGUGAGAAAAUACGAACAAAGAAAGCCACAGUGGAAGAGCUACAGAGCUGCCACUCGGAGCAGUACUCCCUCAUAUUUGGAGGCAAUCCCUACAACAGACAGAAGCUUUUUGAAAGCUCGUCCAAGAAGUUUUGUUUACUCUACUGUGGAGGCAUUGGCGUCGACUCGGACACCGUGUGGAAUGAACUGUAUACCUCAACAGCGGCCCGCACCGCUGCUGGAUGUGUCAUUGAGCUGGCCUGCCGAGUUGCUGCAGGAGACCUCAAGAAUGGUUUUGCAGUGGUGAGACCUCCUGGCCAUCACGCGGAACAAGACACGCCGAUGGGUUUUUGCUACUUCAACUCUGUUGCCAUAGCAGCCAAGCAGCUGAAGGAAAAGAGGAAGCUUCAGAAAAUCCUUAUUGUGGACUGGGAUGUGCAUCAUGGCAACGGAACUCAGAAGAUGCUCUACGAUGACCCCAACAUUCUGUACAUAUCUAUUCAUCGCCAUGACAAUGGCAACUUUUUCCCUGGCACCGGGGCGCCAGAGGAGUGUGGCGAGGGGGCGGGCACGGGCUUCAACGUGAACAUCGCCUUCGGUGGCAGUCUGAACCCUCCAAUGGGAGACGCCGAGUAUCUGGCCGCUUUCAGAACCAUGGUGAUGCCCAUUGCCCGAGAGUUCAACCCGGAGUGUGUUCUGGUCUCCGCGGGCUACGAUGCCGCCAAGGGUCAUGCCACGGCCCUGGGAGGAUACGAGCUGUCCCCGGAAUGUUUUGGACACAUGACACGGGAACUGAUGUCACUGGCCAACGGGAAGAUCGUCCUGGCGCUGGAGGGGGGCUACGACAUCCCCAGUAUCUGCGCGUCGGCUGAGCUGACCGUCCGGGCCCUUUUGGGCGACGAGCUGCCGCCUAUCCGAGACGAAGAACUGAAGAGAAGUCCUUGUCAGCCCGCUAUUGACACUCUUAACACUGCCAUAGAAAUUCAAACGGCUCGGUGGAGCAGCAGUCUGAGCCCAUGGAGGAAGGCACCUAGAGGUUGGAGGAGGGAGACGAGUGUACAGAUAUGUGGCCCCUGAUGCCUUAGUAACUAGCACAAACCUGGCUGGCUUUGUCGUUGUUACCUUUGUUGUCAUCAUCGUCGUCCUCAUAUCUUAUUGUUGGGAUUAUCAUGGUGAUUGAUGAUGGUUCUCCCCCCCAUCCCGGUCCCAGUAACACGCUGACACAGACACGCUGGUUGUCGCAACUCCCCCCCCCCGAUCGGCCUCCUGCCUCCUCCUACCGCAGACAGACAGCAGGACUGACCCCACGGGACAGCCAUGAACACACGGCGGACACACGGCGAACACACGGCGAACACACGCACACACUGGUGGAAUGUGUUGAGCACAGGCCAGCACACUUGGGAUACAUACCCGUCACACAUGGUCAAACAGAGAUGCGAGGGAGGGAAGUUCACAUUUCCAGAAGGCUGGUGCACAAGGCUGACUUUCUGUGGAGAUAUGGAUUUGCGGUAGCUCCUUGGUCAGCAUUAAAACCCGUCUGUGAGUCAUGCUGACCUCAUAUUGACCUCCCGUCUGUGAGUCAUAUUGACCUUCCGUGUGUGAGUCAUGCUGACCUCGUAGAUCGUGGAUACGCCUGCCGGUAUAUGGGAACACGGGACUCGCACAUCAGCUUGUCGCUGGCAGAGAACAGAUUGCCAGUUCUGCUGUCUCCCCUCCACCCCCCACACUCACAGUCAGUUGAGAGUGAAGAAAUCUGAUAAGUCAUCUAUGGAUCAGAGAUGGAGGUGGGGUUUUGUUGUUGUUGACCUGCCUGGGCCGACGCACGAAACUGUGUGUGUGUGUGUGCUCAGUGGCAGAGACUGGCUAAGUGGUGGUGUUGGUGGUGGUGGUGGCCAUGGGUUAGUGGAGCGCCCCGCGAUGUGCUGGCUCAGUUACACACCACAGACAACUCCCGGUCCCCGGGAGCACUACAAUGCAAGCAUUGACAGCCAAAAUUUUAACAUUUUUUGUUUGUUUGUUUGUUUGUUGGUUGUUUUUUUUUGGCUAUAUAUAUAGAAGUUCAUGUGAAUAUUCAUGUCUUAUAGUAAACAUAUCCGUUACAAAUGCCUA